AUGUCCGGGCCCAAUAGGACAUUUAGCUUCAGCCAGGGCGAUGAACACCUCUCACGCUCCGGUGGCUCGGUCAUCUCUCCACUUCAUUCUCCCGCAAACAACACAUACCACGAUGACCUGUCCCCCAUUUCCGAGAUAGCGUCUUCGAUUCAUGAUAGCGACAUGCGCGAUGCACACGGGCUGGGGUAUACACAGUCGAUGCGAACAACAUCAACGGUCACUCCUGGGAUGGAUAAUUUCGGUCUAUCAGCAGUCGGAGGAGGUAUCAGUGGCAUUGCCCUCGGGGUUGCCAAUACCCACGACCGCCUCAGCGGUGUAGAUGCCCUUCGGGCCGCGGAUAGCGGUGCUUUCGUCGGAUCAGCUGAGCGAGACUACUAUACUACCGGCUCAGAGAAUCCAUAUAUCCCACCGUCACCAGAGACCGGUGGACUGGGAAAUCCAGGAGCGAAUUUAGGAGCUCAGGAUUUGUACGGAUCCGAGGUCCAUCUCGGCGCAGCUGCCGCCCCAACAGGCCAGUUGAGUCGAGAAAACAUUUCUCCCCAUCUCCCUCCAUCAACCUCACUGCAAGAUGGUCCUUACCAGAGACAAUCGAUGUACACUUCGUCUAGAGACAGUCCCCUAUAUAUCAAUCCGGAAGAGAUCGAGGAUGAUGGGGAUGAUGGCUUCUUUCCCGACCCGGAGCCAAGAUCCCGUCUGAGUCUCGGACGCAGUCGCCAGCGUGGCUCACUUUCCGCUGCCGCCGCCGGAGGGGCCGCCGCCGGUGGCUUCUUCAGCUUCUUGGGAUUAGGGAAAAGAAAACUCGACACCUCCCCCGCCACAAACCCAUCCUAUGGGCCUGUUGCCGGGGCUGCUCUCGAGGCCGGGGAGAAGAGACGAUCGACAAGUUACCAAAGCAACGGUGCGAAGAAGAGGGGUUGGUUUGUGGGCAUCGGUCUCGGCCUGGUCAUUGUCGCUGCAAUUAUUGGAGGCGCCGUCGGUGGGAUCCUUGGAAACAAGAGCCAUUCUAGUUCGAAUGACGGCACUGGUUCGACUGGCUCUGCGUCACAAGACGACACUGAUCUGGACAAGAACUCGGCGGAAAUCAAGUCAUUGAUGAACAACCCGAACUUGCACAAAGUCUUCCCGGGCAUGGACUACACGCCGUGGGGGGUACAAUACCCGCUAUGCCUCAAGUAUCCACCAUUGCAGAGCAACGUCACCAAGGAUAUGGCUGUUCUCUCGCAGCUGACAAACAAUGUGCGCCUUUAUGGUACGGAUUGUAAUCAAACGGAGAUGGUUCUCCACGCGAUCGAAAAGCUGGAUUUGACGGACAUGAAGAUCUGGUUGGGCGUCUGGCUAGAUACUAACACGACAACCAAUGACCGGCAACUCAAUCAGCUGUACAAGAUCGUCGACUCGGUCAACGACACGUCGAUCUUCAAUGGAGCCAUUAUCGGUAACGAGGCUCUUUACCGUGCAGGCCCAGACGUCGCCACGGCCGAGAAAAAUGUCAUCAACUACAUGAAAGACGUCAAAGCAAACUUUACACAGAGGAACCUCGACCUGCCCGUGGCGACAUCUGAUUUGGGUGACAACUGGAACGCGGAAUUGGUGGAUGUGGCCGACCUGGUCAUGUCGAACGUGCAUCCGUUCUUUUCCGGAGUCAAUGCAGACAUUGCCGCCAGCUGGACGUGGACGUUCUGGCAGCAGCAUGAUGUCGUUCUCACCAAGGGAACCAACAAGACCCAGGUCAUCGCUGAGACAGGCUGGCCGAGCGCCGGUGGAAACGACUGCGGAACCGACAACACGUGCACGAAUUCGACUGUCGGCUCGGUUGCGGGCAUUGAAGAGAUGAAUCGGUUCAUGUCUGAUUGGGUCUGUCAAGCCCUUGAGAACGGCACCGAGUAUUUCUGGUUCGAGGCGUUCGACGAGCCGUGGAAGGUCAUCUACAACACUCCUGGCAAAGACUGGGAAGACAAAUGGGGACUCAUGGACGCGGCACGCAAUUUGAAGCCAGGGCUCAAGAUUCCCGACUGCGGCGGGAAGACGGCCUAA